AUGCAUUGCUGGCUCGAAUAUGCCUGGGCGGUAUUUGAGGCUGCACGCCAGGUCGAGUUUGAAGGGAUAGAAAUUGUGCAGGCCAUGUGUACUGUUCUGUUGGCCCGACGCAAGGGUUUGCACAUAACCGAUGCGGCCAACUCUGGAACAGACAAAGAAUCUAGCGAACAGCUUGAACUCGAGAUGAGAAGGCGCGUCUGGUGGUACAUUGCUGCGACAGACUGGAAUAUGGCUGCCAGCGACGGUCCUGGAGAAGGGGCCUACUCGAUCCAUCCACACCAACAAGCUGUCGAGAUGCCGCACAACAUCAAUGAUGAUAACCUGGACAUGCAGUCGCGGGAAUUCGAGAGGCCCUCAACCGAGCUGACUUCUGUGUCGUGUUUUCUCAUUCGGCUUCGUGUAUCCGAGGUGUGUCGUGACAUUGUCGAUCUGCAAUGGGCCUCCCGACUGUCUGGGCUGGCCCAAUAUUCCAACCACCACAGAGUUCAUCUCAUUGACAAGAAGAUUCUGGGAAUCAUCCGCAAUCUUUCCCCCGAGCUCGGGCUCGAUCAAGGGGAUACACCAGAGCUGCAACAGCAGCCAGUUACAGUUCACGUGCAAAGACUUUUGCUAAAUUCGAUGAUUUAUGCUCGCAGAUGCAAACUCCAUCUUCCAUUCCUGUUCAACACGCAACAGGACACAAGAAGUGCUCCUUUACGCUUGAUUUGCCUAUCAGCUGCUCGAAAGGUAGUAGAUAUCUUCAGCGAAAUGUGGCACCAAGGAAGCAAGCUUGAUAUAGGACAUAAGCUUCACUGUGGGUGCCUGGACUUCCUCUACUUCGCCACCGUGGUCUUGCUGGCAGACUUCUGUCUCAAUGUGAGCGAUGAAGAGCGCCAUACUCUCAUGGGAAAGAUCGAAGCUGCAGUAAAGGUUUUGCAGAGAGCUAGGGUAGAAUCCUCCAUGGUUGAGAUAUAUCUGGCUUCCUUGUCGACUAUUGCGCGCCGCCACAACAUCCAUCUACCGCAGCCUAUCAAGUCGCAACCUCUCGCCCCCCAGGACUUGCUUAUCCAACAAGCUACAUUGGUUCCUGAGUUCGUUUCACAGAUGCUGCCACCUACGGGUUCAUCUGUUGACAACGGUUCUGCUAUGCUAUAUGAGACUAAUAAUGAUUCGUCACAGUUUCUGUCUUACUUUCGUGGCCUGGAUGACAUGGACUGGGAUGUACUCCUAUCUGAUAUAGACAACUUCAUACAUUAA